CUAAUGGUAUAUAAAGGCUGCAUUUGCCGUCGUUGGCAUAAUUAACCGCGACUGUGACCCGAAGCAAAAGUUCUGAAAUUUAAAUUAUGCAUCGCAUUUUCGCGAUUUUGUUGCUGUUUGCGGCCAUUGGGUUAGCAAGCGCUGGUUAUCCCAAGAAGGAUGUGGUUACCAUUCUCGCCACAAAUUUAGAAAGCGCCACCGUCGAUAAUUAUGAAAACGCCAACGAGACUGAAGAUGUGGAGGAGCCAGACAUAGACAUGAAAAUAGUCCACGGUGCGGACGCUGAACCCGGUGAUUUCCCUUACACAGUGUCCCUGAGAUUAUGGAACCAGCACUUCUGCGGGGGUUCCAUAAUCGCCAGGAAUGUCAUCCUCACGGCAGCACACUGUAUCACCACCGGUAGCUCGAACAUAAACAACAUGACAGUUGUAACUGGCACCAUCUAUCGCACUAAGGGUGGCGAGAGCCAUAAAGUCUCUGCUAUGUACUACUUGAAGAACUAUGAUGGGUCUAGAGACCUUGGCAUAGUUAAGAUUGCUGAUAACAUCCGCUUCAAUGAUCGCCAACGGUCAGUCGCGCUUGCCACUACAAGGCCACCAGCAAACGCGUACGCUGUUGUGAGUGGAUGGGGUGGCACUACGUCCACGCCUCCAUUCAUGCCUGCUGACAGACAGCAAUACCUCAACGUCAAGAUGCUGAGCCCCCAAGAUUGCAGGAAAGAGUACAGUGACAUAACGACAGAAGUCUGCACUGUUAGCACUAGCGACCAAGGAAUAUGCAGCGGUGACAGUGGCGGUCCUCUCGUCUACAAAGGUGAGGUCGUUGGGGUCGUAUCUCGUGCAGUUCUUUGCGCAAAAGGCUACCCAGAUGUCUUCGCCAGUGUCUACGACAACCGUGACUUCAUUUUGUCAAUUAUGAGACAAAUAGUCAACUAACCUAAUAUUGGAUGUACACCAUUAAAUGAACAGUAACCAAACUCUA